UUCAAAAAAGAUGGCUUUGAAAUCUCAAUCCCACAGCUUUAUAUAUUAACAAUCCUAACCAAAUUUUCUCGAACUCUUCAAAGUCACAUUUUCUGAGAGAAACUGAGAAGUUGAAGAAAAUGUGUACAUUGGAGAAGAAAGGCGAGGUCUUCAUCCUCACUUUAACUGGGCCGGGCGAGCAUAGGCUCAACCCGACCCUACUAGACGCAAUCCAAUCAGCUUUAAACCAAGUCAGAGCCGCCGCCACGUCAUCCUCCGUGGCCCUGAUCACCACCGCGCACGGCAAAUUCUUCUCCAACGGGUACGAUCUGGACUGGGCCGGGUCGGACAAGGUCCGGGGCGAGCUCAUGACCUCCAAGCUCCGUUCAAUCGUGGCGGAUUACAUCUCUCUCCCCCUGCCGACGAUCGCCGCCGUCACCGGCCACGCCUGCGCCGCGGGGUUCAUCCUGGCGCGGUGCCACGACUAUGUUGUGAUGAGGAAGGAUCGGGGGUUUAUAUAUAUGAGCGAGAUGGAUAUCGCGCUGGUGAUUCCGGCUUGGUUCCACGCGCUGGUUAAGAACAAGGUGGGAUCGGCGACGGCGGUGCGCGAUUUGAUGCUGAGAGCGGAUAAGGUGAAGGCGGCGGUGGCGGUGGAGAAGGGGAUUAUAGAUUUGGCGGUUGAUGGCGCGGAGGAGACGGUUGAGGCGGCGGUUAGAAUGGGGGAGGAGUUCGCUAGGAGGAAGUGGAAGGGACACGUGUACGCUCAGAUUCGCAUGGGCUUGAUGGUGGAGGUUUUGGAGGAGAUUCGAAAGGUUCAUACUAGCAUUGGAUCCCGACUUUAGGGGUUAGGCCGGGUCGGGUUUGAUGGCAAAAUUGUUGGCAUGUUUUUUUUAUUUUUUUUAUUUUUUUAUUUUUUUUGUUUUUUGUUU